GUAUAAGGAAAAAAUACAAAUGAUUUUUGUAUGUUGAUCUUGUAUCCUCUAAGCUUGCUGAACUUGCUUAUUAAUUUAGCCAAUGAAUUUGUUUGGGUUUUCUAUAUACAUGAUUAUGUCAUCUGUAAGCCAUUAUAUUUUUUAAGGAUUAUUAUAUGUAGGUUUUCUAUGUGCAGCAGGUGAUUUAUAAAAGUAUGCACCUACCCAGACUGAGUGGUGCAAAGUUCACAGCUCUUGGGAUUUGGUAGAUGUUAAAAAUUGCUCUGUGGCCCCAGAGAAUGAAUUCCUCUGGACUUUGUAGCCCCGUGUUACUCUGAGACUCUUGAGACAAAAUUCACUUGCUUCUCAUUCUAUUUUAGAUCACUGUUGUGCAAAGAAAGUGUCCUAGCCCUGUGAUCCUCCAUCAUACCAUCAUCUGUAUUUGAAAGUGGGUGCUAGGGUCCUGGGUGGUCUCAUCACGGCCUCCCUCUCACAGCUCUUAUCUGUGCUUUUCUGGUAGAGCUGCACUCACAGGCCAGCUUUCCUUCUGCCUUGUUCCUUACAUAUCCUGCGUCUCUGCCUGGGUCCCCUGUCUUUACUGAUCACCUCCUAAUUAUACUUCAGCCUAGACCAGGUUGGCUUUCUUCUGUUAUGUUCUCCCUAUGUGUGUUGUAUAUGAUUUUUUUUCCCAUUCGGCUCACUUCUCAGCUGUAUUUUUUCAUUCCUUAGAUUAUUUAAGUACAGUUAGCCCCCCUAAUUUGUGGGUUCCACAUCCUUGGAUUCAACUGAGAAUCAAAAAUAUUCUAAAUAAAAGUACACCAAAACAAAACAAAACAAAAUCCAAAUUUUAAAAACAGUACAACAAUGUAUAUAGCACUUACCUGGUAUUAGGUAUUAUAAUUAACCUAGAGGUGAUUUAAAGUAUAUGGGUUGUUUAUAAGUUACAUGCAAAUAUGAUGCCAUUCUAUAUCAGAGACUCUGGAUUUAUGUCAGAGCAUCUGUGGAUUUUGGUUACCACGGGUUGCAAUAGUAGUGUCUGUUUACCUACUGCACGAAGCUCCAUGAAAGCGUGGGUCAUGCUUUUGCUCACUCCAUUGUUAGCCCCUAGCACAGAUGUUCAGCAAAUAUUUACUGUUAUAUAUAUAUUAUUUAAUUUUUGAACGAAGCCAGUUCAGAAGUAUUAGCUCAGUUCUUGGUUGUUUGUUUACUACAAAUAUAGUUCAGCUAGUAGUUCACCUGGUAUCCAUAAAUGCUUAAGGGUUUUGGCAAUGCUCAUCAUAAAUGACAAUAUCAUUUUGUAACAAGAAUGUUUGGCAGGUAUGUGUGGUAUGUUGGCUUCAGUAAUAUUUCUUUUUUUAGUUUGGUUACACUGCCUUUUAUUGGUAUUCUAUUUUUGUGGAUCUGAUUUGGUUUUGGUAAACUUUUUUUUUUUUUUUAACUUAAUCUCUUGGGGAAAGCUAACUGGAUUAUAGAGUAGUGAUGGGAUACAGAAGCUUUCACCUAAAUUGGAUUUCCAGUAAAGCCAACCUUACCAUUUGGAGGCAAGGCUUGGGAAAACAUUCAGGUUAUAAACAACUUGUGAAAUGAGUGAUUUGGAAGAUGAUGAGACACCACAGCUUUCUGCCCACGCCUUAGCAGCUCUCCAGGAAUUUUAUGCUGAGAAAAAGCAACAAAUUGACCCAGGCAAGGAUGAUAAAUAUAGCAUUGGAAUAAUAGAAGAGAAUUGGCAAUUGAGUCAGUUCUGGUAUAGUCAGGAAACUGCUCUGCGACUUGCACAGGAGGCAACUGUGGCUGUAGGAGAGGGUGGCAGAAUCGCAUGUGUGAGUGCCCCCAGUGUUUACCAGAAACUCAGAGAGAUGUGCAGAGAAGACUUUUCUGUAUACAUCUUUGAAUAUGACAAAAGAUUUGCCAUGUAUGGAGAGGAGUUUAUUUUCUAUGAUUACAAUAAUCCGUUGGACUUACCCGAAAGAAUUGCUGCACAUAGUUUUGACAUGGUAAUAGCAGAUCCUCCCUAUCUUUCGGAGGAAUGUCUCAGAAAAACAUCAGAAACCAUCAAGUACCUGACUCAGGGCAAGAUUCUGCUGUGCACAGGGGCCGUCAUGGAAGAACAGGCAGCAGAACUCCUUGGAGUGAAGAUGUGCACGUUUAUUCCAAAACACACCCGGAACUUGGCAAAUGAGUUUCGCUGUUAUGUGAAUUAUGAUUCUGGGCUGGACUGUCUGAUCUAAUUACAGAUGGUGACAUAACACAGGAGGGAAACCUCUCACAUUCCCCCUUUUUUAUUUUCCUAGUAGAUUGAAAAGUUAUAAUCUCUUCCCCUUCCCCCAAAACUGGAGCUGUCCCUGGCCUGAUUUCCAAAAUAAAGUACAUGACCUUCA